AUGGGCAUGAGCAGCUCACACGUUUUUGUGCAAUUCUUGGACUACCGCAUCCAAUGCUCCACAAAACACCUCUGCUUCACAACAUUCCUCAGUGACAAGGACAGCAAAGCCCACAUGGCAGUUUCAGCAGCUAAAAUCUAUGGGGAAACCCCUAUCAUGAAAGAAGACUGCACGAACCACGUGGCGAAGCGACUUAAAACUGCACUCUGUAAACUGAAGGUGCCACUUCCGCGUGGUGAAAAGGUAAAAGACAAUGCCAUCCACAGACUACAAACAUACAUUCAGGUUGCUAUCACAAGCAGAGGCAGCAUACAUGGAAUGUUCUGCGCAGUAUGAGCCUCCUUCCAUUCUUGCUCCACUGAUGCAGAUAAUAACCACAAGUAUUGUCCAGAAGGAGCAUACUCGUAGUGCAAGCAUCAAAGAGCCCAAGCCUCAGGUGAGCCAGCAACAGCUCACACUCCCAUCCUAACAAGUUCAUAGGCCAAGGCGAUACUCCCGACCUACCAGAGGCUCACAGAUAAAAAGCUGCUGUCCAGGUGUGUGCAAGGCAAGACACAGAAUGCUGCUGAAUCACUAAAUAGCAAAAUCUGGACACUUUGUCCAAAGACGAGGUUUGCUCCACAAACUGUUGUAGAGACGCCUACUGCAAUUGCUGUGUUGCGGUUCAAACGGGGACACACUGAGUUUGAGCAGGUGCUGCAGGAGCUGGGUGUCCUUGCAUCUGAGGACCUGAUCAGACUGAGCGAUGCACGUGACAAAAUGCAGAAAAGCAUGUCACAAAAACAGACUGCAGAGUCAAGGUUCCAUCGCUGCCACAGGGUAAAGAAAGCUCACACUGAGAACACUGCUCGGAGGCAACAUGAGGGGCCAACAUAUGCCGCCUGAGAAUUUUAA